AACGCAUUCUGUUUAAUCGCCUGCCUCCACAUUCUAUCAACUAACAAAAACAAUUGUUUUGCAAUCACAUAAUAAACCAUGGCGGGAACAAAGGUAUUGCGGUCCUUGCUCCACGAAUUACGUCAAGCGUCUGUGGAACCAAACUGCAUAAAGAACAAUUUAGCCGCACGCUAUAUUUUAGCUCAAUACAAAAAAUUCGAGACAACCGACCAGCAGUUGUGUAAAGCACGAAACGAAGCUAUUUUCUUGGGACAAACGUAUUUGACCUACCUGAGCAGCUUGCGCAACUAUAACGAACUCUACAAGGAGUUUCAUGGACGUGGUGAGCGCACAGUAAAGGAAACGGCGGAUCUUGUUGGAUUUAAGCUUCCAACGGAUCCCAAGUAAGCAAUUUAUUGUUACGUAGUUCUUAGCAUAAAUAUGUAAAUCAUCAAGAGAUGAAAUAAAAUACUUUUGUUGAACGUAGUAUAUGACCACAA